GAAACUGAAGCGGCUCGGCUGAAGUAACUUCCUGUUGGACGCUCGCCUGUAUGGAGUGACAGAAAGCGAUGUUUCUGGGAAGAUAACAUUAUACUCAGGGGCAACGGCAUAAAAGUUAUCUCAAAAUGAGCUGGAUUCACUUCAAGAUUGGACAGCCAAAAAAAACGAUUGUCUCUAAAACUGUUGAAAGAGACUUUGAGCGUGAAUAUGAAAAGCUCCAAAAGCUUGAGGAUCAGACCAAGAAGCUUCAUAAAGACAUGAAGAAAAGCACAGAGGCUGAUUUAGCCAUGUCUAAAGCAGCAGUGAAGAUCUCUGCAGAUCUGCUGAGCAACCCGCUGUGUGAGCAGGACCAGGCCUUCCUCGAGUCCAUGACUGCUUUAGAUACAGCCAUGAAAAGGAUGGAUGCAUUUAACCAGGAAAAGGUUAACCAGAUUCAGAAGACCGUCAUCGACCCUCUAAAAAAGUACAGCGGUGUAUUCCCAAGCCUCAACAUGGCAGUGAAGCGCCGGGAACAGGCUCUGCAGGACUACAAGCGCUUGCAAUCCAAAGUGGAGAAGUAUGAAGAGAAAGAGAAAACUGGGCCGGUUAUGGUCAAACUAUGCCAGGCGAAAGAUGAGCUGCGACCAGUCAAGGAGGACUUCGAGUCCAAGAACAAGCAACUGCUGGACGAGAUGCCCAAAUUCUACCAGAGUCGCAUCGACUACUUCCAGCCCAGCUUUGAGGCUCUCAUCCGGGCGCAGGUGGUCUACUUCACUGAAAUGUACAAGAUCUUCAGCGAGUUAACGGACCAGAUCGACCAAGGCGGGCUGACUGAUGAGCAGAGGCAGAGGGAGACCGAGGCCAAGCUCAGCGAGUUGCGCUCUCUGUCCAUUGUCGCUGACGACUGAGGCAGGAACGCCGAGGAUUGGGAUGUGCUCAUUUCAUGCCUCCCUGAAUGGAUUUUACUCUCUCCAAGCUCCUCAGGAGUUCAGACGGACAGCCAUGGCCUUCAAAUGAUUGACAGUUUCUUCCAUUGCAGCCCCACUUAAUUUGCACUACGUCCUAAUGGGUUUUUUCUCUGUGCAAAGACAGUAACUCAUCAGCUGAAUGCCAUGUUAACAAGCCAUCAGCCAAGUGCAACUUUAUAAGCCAAUAUGUUAUGUUUUUUCUUCUAGUAAUGGAAUGGGGUUUUGUUGGGCUAAUUAUAAGGUUAUAGUACGUUGUUUUAGAGCUAUUUUGUUGUAUAAAGCUACAUUUAAACAGAAAUGUUUUAGUAAUCAAUAGUGUAAAUUAUUUUUUACUCUGCAGGACUGAAACCACAACAGAGUUUAAAAACUAUGUUCUCGUGAUAUUUAAAUUACUUUUGUUCCGUCGUGAAUGAGAGCUUUUCCUUUGGCUUGAAACAUUUUUAACAUCCCUUCUGUAUAAUGUUUCUACUCUGCCCUGACUUUAGAAGGUCUGAAAGGGAGCCUAUACCUGCGUUAAGGUGCUGAAAGGUUAUCCACUCAGACUGGACAGAUGAACAGUCUCCACCAAGAAAGAUGCUUGUACUCCCUCUAGUGGGCAUUACUAAUCACAGCACCCACUUUCCUUUUGUUCACAGCACCCAUCCUUUGUUCUAUUGUUGGUGAGAGUAUGUGUUAGCGAAGAGCCUCACACAUUGUUGGCAUGCUAGAAAGUCUCUUCUCUUCACCCUCAGCACCAGGGUUGGAAGCCAGUUUCUGUUUCUGGCCUCCUUUCAUUUUGGGUGAAGUUGUACUGCUUUGUUUUCUCUCUAUUGGGAUGAACGUUAAACUAUACAGUUAUGUACACACAUUGUUUUUCUUUCUUUACUGUGUAUCUUAGGAUGUUUUUUACUCUGUUUUUGAUAUAUUUUUUUAGUUUUGUUCUGCCAUGUAGGCUGUUUUAUGUUGCACAGAAAUACUUUUUGAAAUGAAGGUGCUUUUCCUAAUCAGCAGUUAAAUAAUUUUAUAAUGGUUGAUUUUUUUUUAUGAAGGCAACUAAGGGGAUUCUUUGUCUUUCUUAGGAUUGUUAUUGCAAUGUUACUGUUGUCAAAUGUUGAUCUCAAUGAAGUAAAUGAACUUUGAGUAGAGGAA